GAGAGAGAGAGAGAGAGAGAGACGAGCACGUCGGAGCAAAUUCGCCAAACUCUCUCUUUCCCCAUCGAAGGGACGGGAAGCCGCGCCGGGUUUGCCGCCGCCGCCGCCGCCGCCGCCGCUCGAUCGAAUCGCCGCGCCGCCGCCGUCCUCCUCCUCCUCCGCGCUCCCGCCUGAGAUCCCCGGAAACGAUCCCGGAAUCGUCGAAAGCCGCGGCUCCGGGGGAUUCGCCGCGAGGCCGCCGGUGAAUUCGCUUGGCAUUGUCCGGGAGAACCGAUCGCCGUCGCCUCGGUCGUGCGCGUGGCGGUCUCCCGCCGAUCGGUCUCGUUCCCGUAGCCGGGUGAAGAAUCUCCGGUUUCGGCGAAUCGGUCGGGAUUGGCCUGGAGCUGCUCCGGAGCUCGGAAUCGGGUCUGUAGGUCCUUGCUCCGUCGCUUUUUUGCGAGACGCUGGUGAGGAAUCUCCGAGGCUUAUGGCUUAGGCAGGGCUCCUCGAGCUGCAUUUUGGUUUUUGGACCUCAUCGGCGGCCGUUGAUCGGAAGGAAUCGUUCCGGAAUUGGAAAGUAAAGCGACGACUUGGAGUCAGGAGUUAUUGUGGAUGGGUUGGAGUUGGAAAUCGCCUCCCGAAUUUGAAUAUUGCGCUGGUUCGUUGUCAAAUGGGUGUUUGGUGUGCGUUCGGGCAUCGGAUGACAUUGAAACUUGAAUGGCUGAUCCUCAGAAAAGUGGUCUCACUACGGAGAGGGAUAUCGAGCAGGCAAUUACAGCACUAAAAAAAGGCGCUUACUUAUUGAAGUAUGGUCGCAGAGGGAAGCCAAAGUUCUGCCCCUUCCACCUUGCCAGUGAUGAGUCUACAUUGAUAUGGUACUCUGGCAAAGAACCAAAACAGGUUAAACUAAAUCAAGUAUCAAAAAUUAUACCUGGACAGCGUACGGCAAUAUUUCAGCGGUAUCCACGACCUGAGAAGGAGUAUCAGUCAUUUUCCCUUAUCUGCAGUGAUAGAUCCUUGGAUUUGAUAUGUAAAGACAAGGAUGAAGCUGAAGUUUGGCUUGUUGGUCUCAAAGCAUUGAUCACACGGGGCAAUUUCCGCAAGUGGAGGAGCGAUACAAUCAGUGAAACUGCAUCUGCAGAAAGUCCUCUUGCACGGAGAAAUUCACCAUCCAUUACACUAUUAGAUCCCGGACAUAUCUACGGCAUUCAGCCUCCUCUUGAAAGUACUUCACAAACCAGGUUAGGAAAGGUAUUCUCGGACAUAAUAUCCUAUACUGCUGCAGACACGGGUUACAAUCGAAACGAACCCAUUGCCAAUUCUCUUAACUCAGUGUCGCCGGGGGGAGGAGAUAACUGGAAUGGUCGAAAUUCUGGUGCUGAGACAUUUCGUAUUAGUUUAUCAAGUGCCGUUAGUUCUUCUAGCCAAGGUUCUUGUCGUGAAGAUUUUGAAUCCCUGGGUGAUGCUUUCAUUUGGGGAGAGGGAAUUGGCGGCGGAAUUCUGGGUGGUGGUCAGCAGAGAUUUGGGAGUCCAUACAAUACAAAAACGGAUGCUUUUCUGCCAAAGGCUUUGGAAUCAACGGUGGUUCUUGAUGUUCUCAAUAUUGCUUGUGGUUACAGGCAUGCUGUGCUUGUUACCAGGCAAGGGGAAAUCUUCAGCUGGGGGGAGGAGUUGGGAGGUAGGCUUGGGCAUGGCAUAGAAUCAGAUAUAUCCCACCCCAAGCUUAUUGACUCCCUCAGUGGCAUGACCAUUGAGUCAGUAGCAUGUGGUGAGUAUCACACAUGCGCAGCCACUCUUUCUGGAGAUCUUUAUACAUGGGGUGAUGGAGCUCAUAAUGUGGGUUUGCUUGGGCAUGGAAGUGAAGCCAGUCACUGGAUUCCAAGGAGAGUGGGAGGUGAUUUGGACGGUCUUCAUGUUACCUGCAUUGCUUGUGGACCUUGGCAUACAGCUGUUGUGACAUCUACUGGGCAAUUGUUUACUUUUGGAGAUGGAUCUUUUGGUGCUUUAGGACAUGGUGAUCGUAGCAGAGUAAGCAUUCCUCGGGAAGUGGAAGCUUUGCGAGGAUUACGUACAACAAGAGUUGCCUGUGGUGUUUGGCACACUGCGGCUGUGGUUGAAGUAACAACUGAAUGUGCUUCUUUGGAUGCCUCCACCAGUCCUGCAUCUGGUAGACUAUUCACGUGGGGCGAUGGAGAUAAACACCGGCUUGGGCAUGGUGAUCAAGAGACCAGACUAAUUCCCAAGCGUGUUGCAGCAUUGUCAGGUGAAACUAUUUGCAGAGUAGCCUGUGGGCAUAGUUUAACCGUGGCCCUUACAGCCUCAGGACGAGUUUUUACUAUGGGAAGUACUGCCUAUGGCCAGCUUGGGAAUCCUUUGGCUGAUGGAAAGGCUCUAACUUGUGUUGAGGGGAAACUUGCUGAUUGUUUUGUUGAGGAAAUCGCAUGUGGAACUUAUCAUGUGGCAGCAUUAACUUCCAAAGGAGAGGUUUAUACCUGGGGAAAGGGUUCAAAUGGACAGUUAGGUCAUGGAGAAUAUGACAACAGAAGUACACCUACACUUGUUGGUUUUUUAAAAGACAAGCAAGUGAAGAGUGUAGUAUGUGGUUCUAACUUCACGGCUGUCAUAUGUCUGCAUAAAUGGGUAUCCAGCAUUGACCAUUCCAUGUGUUCAGGAUGUCAGAAUCCAUUUGGUUUCAGGAGAAAACGCCACAAUUGUUACAAUUGCGGUCUAGUUUUUUGCAAAGCGUGCAGUAGCAGAAGAAGCCUGAAAGCUUCUUUGGCUCCAAACCUGAACAAGCCAUAUCGUGUGUGUGAUGAAUGUUAUGUUAAACUAAAGACAACCACUGAAUCUGGUCCUGUUUUGCGCAUACCUAAGGCUAGGACUGAUACUUUACGGCUGAAAAAUAAUGAGGUGGGAGAAAAGGACAGUUCGUGUUCCACAUCAGAGGGGCGUCUAUGCAGGCUUUUGUCUGCAGACUCUCUUAGUUUGGCUGAAAGCAGGCAUUCCAUACAUGAUGCAAAAGUAGGAUCACGUGGUAGCCGCGUGUUUCCACUUCUUAACAGAAACUUUCAACCUGGAGGCCUUAAUACAACAAAAGAACCUAUCCUUGUGGGAGCUCCCACAAAAAUGUUUUCAUUUUCUGUACCUGGUUCCAGAAUGCCUUCUCGAUCAGCAUCUCCUCUUUCGAGGAAAUCUAGUCCACCUCGGAGCUCUGAAGUAACUACUGAUGACUCAAAGCACAGCAGUGACAGUCAAAGCCAAGAAAUUAUCAAUUUACGAGCACAGGUGGAAGACCUCACUUCCAAAUCUCGUAAUCUUCAAAGUGAACUAGAGAAAACGUCAAAGCAGCUGAAGCAGGUCACUGCAAUAGCAGAAGAUGAAGCUCGGAGGUGCAAAUCUGCUAAAGAAGUUAUAAAGUCUCUAACCACUCAGUUGAAAGAAAUGGCUGAAAGACUUCCAGUCGGACAGAGAGCCCAAAGUUCUGGUUCUGUCAUCAGAGAAUUGUCCGGUGAUCCAAACUUGAUCCAUAAUGAGAAUCAGUCAGCAAAAUCUAAUUUCCUAGAAAACGAGUCCCAUUUUAAGUCUGUAAACACAACUCUGUUCAAUGGAAUGAAGCAGCAACCUGAGAAGGCAGAAUGGGUGGUGCAGGAUGAACCAGGUGUCUAUAUAUCAUUAGCCUCGUUACCCAGGGGAGGUAAUGAGCUCAGACGUAUACGUUUCAGCCGGAAACAAUUUACAGAGGAACAAGCAGAGAAAUGGUGGGCUGCUAAUGCAGCAAUGGUUCUCGAGCGACACAAUAUACAGAGUACAUAGAUUGUUCUAGCUCCCACUGAGGUUUUGCCGAUAGUAAACCAAAGCUUCUUGACAGAAGUAUCCAGGGCCCUCCUCCUCUCUGCUGGAAUCUGUAUAUUUUUUUUCUUUUUCGUGAUUCAGUGGAAUUUUAUUCGAGGAUGGGUAGAUGGUGACAGGUAGAUUGCAGCAUGAAAAUGUAGAGAGAGAAUCAAUAGACGGAAAGAUCCUCAAUGAGGGAUGUUUCUUUUCAAAUUUGAGCUGCUGUAAUUUUCUCCAUAUAGUCAAUAGAUUUUAAUCUUUCUCAAUCUUAUCAAGCAUAUCAGUUUUUUCCA